AUGUCGACGAAGCAAACAAAGGAGAAACAAACAAAGGGAAAGCAAAAGAUCGAGAUAAAGAAGGUUGAAUCCUACGGAGAUAGAAUGAUUACGUUCUCGAAACGUAGAUCCGGAAUUUUUAAGAAGAUGAACGAGAUCAGUACAUUGUGCGACGUGGAAUCAGCUUUCUUGGUUUACUCUCAAGCCGGAAAGCCUUACUCAUUCUCACAUCCGUCUAUGAACCAAGUCGCUAUCCGGUUAAAUAACCCUUCAAGACAAGAACCGUCCGCGAAGGACGAUAACAAGACCAUGCCGCUAUUUGAAGCUUAUAAGAGAAAAAAGAUCGAGGAGCUCAUGAAAAUUUACGUGGAACGCGUUGAUGAGUUUGCGAUGUUGAAGGAGAUGGAAAACAUGUUGAUGGAAUCGAUAGAAGAACAGAAGUUAGACAAUAUGUGGUGGAACAUUCCUCUGGAUGGCUUGAGCAUGGAGGACUUGGAGCUGAGGCACCAGACGGUUGUCGAGUUACAUGAUACCGUGGCUCAGUCACAGUUGGGGAAAGACGGUGGUGGCCAUUGUGGUUGUGACGGCGCAUGA